AUGAACUUUGUAUAUCCCAACACCAUGGGUGCCUUCCCUCAACAAGCCUUCUACAACACAUCGGCCAUGGUCAACAGCCAAUGGCUACUCCAACAACCAAAGGAUUCGGGUUACGCCAGCGAUGACCACGAUCUCUUCGAAAAGGCUUUCGAGUCGCAACUCCCCAGCAUCCCUCAAGUCUCAUCACACCACAUGAGCCAACAAACACCCAUAUCCGCCUUCUCAGAUUCAUCAUCCUCAGAGUCCUCAAGCAAUGGUGGCCACAGCAGUCCGUUUGAGUAUGCAGACUCGCUAUGCACACCGUCGAAUUACGAGGCUCACUGGAAUCCUUAUGAGAACCUCGACUUGAGCGUCAAGAAGCUUUCCAUCGAUGCUGGCAUCACAUCCAUGACUGGUUACUGCGAUAUCGACUCGAUGCUCACAGCUGCCUACCACAACACAAGUGCUUCUCAACCCAAGCGUUUCAGUGCUUUCUCUCAAUCAUCACCUCGCUCCUCUACAUCAAACCAACAAUCUCAUCUCCAACAACAAGACACAUCGAUCGAAGCUCCCUCAUCACCAGCGCUCGGUCGCCCUAGAGGCAAUAGACUGGACCACCAGAAGGUUGAGCAAAGAUACCGUGCCAAUCUAUCAGACAACUUCGAACGCUUGCGCAACUCAGUGCCCGAGAUCGCCACCAUGCAACCUGCAAGAAGCGGCCAACCUCCUAAGCCCUCGAAGGCCGAGGUGCUCGCAGCAGCCGCCGAGUACAUCAGGCAACUCGAAGAGGAGAACGACAUGCUCCGAGAAAGCAUGAUGAAUGCUGCCGCCGGCGAGCUCAGACGGAAAAGAGCCAAGACCGAUUGA